AUUAAACUUGAAAAAUAUAGUUAAUUUGUAUAGAAAAAUAAUGAAUUACAUAUUGCAAAAGAAUACUUAAAGCAUUAAAGAACAAUAUAAAAAUAAUUAUCUUUAAAUUGAAUCACAAAAUCAUGGGUUGGGAACCAGGACCAUUUUAUAAAGAUGCAUGUGAUUUGGGUGAAAAAUGUAUAACUUGUCCAUCACAAACAAUUAUGUUUGUUUCAAUUCUCGCCAUUAUUUUUGGUCAUUCUAGAGAUAAAAAAAUGUCUCGUAAAAUACCAAAAGAAUUAGAUUUUAUUAUUGUAGGAGCUGGAUCCGCGGGUUGUGUUAUUGCUAAUCGCUUAACGGAAAUUAAAAAUUGGAAUGUCCUCCUUUUGGAAGCCGGUGGUGAAGAACUAAAAAUUAAUGAUCUUCCAUUAGCACCUUCUAUAUUACAUGGCAGUAAAGUUGAUUGGAAUUAUAAAACAGAAUCAGAAGAAUAUUCCUGUCAAGCUGAUAAUGGCUGUCGUAUACCACGUGGUAAAGUAAUGGGUGGUACUAGUUCUAUUAAUGGAAUGUUAUAUGUAAGAGGAUCACCUUCAGACUACGAUGGUUGGGCGAAAUUAGGUAACAAUGGUUGGAGUUUUAAUGAAGUAUUGCCCUACUUUAAAAAAUCAGAAAAUAAUCAAGACAAUAAUAUUGUAAAAGCAAAUCCUCAUUAUCAUAAAAAAGGUGGAUAUCUAUCAGUCGGAAAUUUUCCGUACAACGAUCCAAAUGCUAAAUUAUUAUCAGAAGCAUGGCACGAAAUAGGAUACGAAUAUAUAGACAUAAAUGCUGAUAAACAAAUCGGAACAAUGCUUCUACAAACAACAACACUUAAUGGAAGGCGUCAAAGUACCAAUGAUGCUUUCAUCCGACCAAUAAGAAAAAAAAGACAAAAUCUUUAUAUCAAAACUGAGGCGUUAGUUACGAAAAUUAUAAUAAAUCCUGAAACAAAAGAAGCAAUUGGUGUUGAAUACAGAAAUAAGGAGGGAAAAACGAAGAAAAUAAUGGCACGAAAAGAAGUGAUUAUAUCAACAGGUACAGUCGAUUCUCCAAAAUUGCUAAUGCUAUCAGGAAUUGGACCCUCUAAGGAAUUAAAGAAGCACAACAUUGAAAUCAUUAAAGAUUUAGCAGUUGGUCAAAAUCUACAAGAUCACGUGACAUUUCAAGGCCUUCGCAUCAAACUCAAUAAAACAUCAACAAAAAAGAGUCUAAAGAAACGAAUUGGGGAUCUAAAACAAUAUUUAAAGAAUCAAACAGGUCCACUGUCAUCAAAUGGGCCCUUACAAAGUGUUACCUUUAUUAAAACAAGUUUAGAAACAGAAAUCGGAGUUCCUGAUUUUGAAUAUCACUUUAUUGGUUAUGAAAGUGAUGGAAAUAUUGCCAUUCCAAAUUCCUAUGAUCUAAUAUCAACAAUGCCUGCUGUAUUAAAUCCCAAUAGUAGAGGAUCCAUAACAUUAAAUACAACAGAUCCAAUUUGGAGUCCACCUGUAAUACAUUAUGGAUUUUUCACCAAAAAUCCAGAUCGAGAACGUCUAUUGGAAGGAAUAAGAAUGUUCCUACCGCUAUUUAAUACAAAAGUCUUUCGUGAAAAUGAAAUGACACUCGACGAAAGACCUUGGCCACUUUGCAAACAAUUUCAAUUCAACACUGAUGAUUAUUGGUUCUGUAUGAUGAAAUAUUAUACAGCAUCUGCUGGUCAUCCUGUAGGUACUUGUAAAAUGGGUCCAAAAUCCGAUGCGGAAGCUGUUGUUGAUCCACAAUUACGAGUUUAUGGAAUAAAGAAACUUCGAGUUGUUGAUGCUUCGAUAAUGCCCAAAAUUGUUCGUGGUAAUACUAAUGCACCAAUAAUUAUGAUUGCCGAAAAAGCUAGCGACAUGAUUAAAAAUUAUUGGAAAUUAAAAGUUUUCAAGUAACACCAAUAUUUUAUAAUAACGAGAGCAAUUUUUUUAAAUAAGGUUUUUAAAAUAAAAUAUUAAAAAAUUCGUCUUAAAAAUACUUUAGUUUAUUUGAAUCCAUUAAAUAAAUUCAUUCUGUCAAAUAAUUUUUAAUUGUAUCAAAAAAUCAAAUAUUUU